AUGGCGAUUAAACUCUUUUGUUAUGAGUUCGAGUGGUACACAGGCCAGAAUCCACAGCACACGUUCGAUGUGCUGAAGUUCCAAAACGGUGGGAUGCAGCAUACGGACGAGCACACGUCACAUGACCACGAGACCCUGGUCCUGGGAUGCACGGAUGAGGAUCUACGAAAACCCAGAACUGGACCAAUUGGUACUAUCCUGCGUCCCAUGCAGCAGCACUUUCAUCUUGGGAUCAAGAUCCCUGGAACGGCAGGACCAGUCGCAGCACCGCGGCAUGGCAGGAGGGGAGGGCUCGCACAGGUGCACAUCUUCAACAAACGUGGACAUGGUCACGGAGCCGAAGAUAACUGGGCCACGAACCUGGGGCUUGCAGGGUCCUCCGCUCCGGAGGUGGAAUUUCUGGAAAAAGCAACCGAGCUUCUCGCAGGCCUUGGCCCCAAGGCAGUUGCACCCGGUUCCACAACGUGGAACCAGAGGUUUCAUCACGAUUUCAUCUUUUUCCGGACAAGUCGGACCGGUUGGAUUGAUUUGAGAGCGAAUGAGUUGGAAAAAGUGGGUCGUGGCCUUGGCCUAGGGACGUUAAAGGCAGACUGUUCUGCACUUUUCCAUGAGAUAGCGAACCGGCAGAUGCACGCAGAACAUUCGGCAACAAGGUGUGUGGCCGGAUGCAGCGUCUUGAUAGUGGGGAGCAUCUUCUUCGCAGAGUGGCUGGCCUUCCACAAAUUUUCCAAGCCGCCUCCUGUGUGGGUGCUUGUGUUCAACGCGACCUGGUUGUUGGCAAUCUGGAGUUAUCUGCAAACAGCUUUGACAAAUCCCGGCACACCCACGAGCCCCGAGUGGGUCGACUGGGCACGAGCUCGCAAAGGGAGCAGAACGGUGCAACAAUGGCAAAAGGAUGCAGAAGAGGAAGCAUCGGGUGAUCCGAAGAAGUCCUGGUCGCCGGGCAAGCCGACUUGGUGCCGAACCUGUCGAAUGGAGCGGCCCGAACGUGCCCAUCACUGCAGCUCUUGCGGCACAUGUGUGCUGCGAAUGGACCAUCACUGUCCCUGGGUAGGAAGUUGCAUUGGUUGGCGAAACCACAAGUACUUCCUGCUCCUGAACUGGUGGUGCUUUUGGGCUUGUUUGUGCUUCAUGCUGACAAUAUGCCGCCCGUCGAUGAUGGAUGCGCUGUCCAUCGCUCCUGGCAAUCUGGAUCUCAACAGUGUGCUGGCACUCUUCUCGAUGCUGGGGAUCUUGAUCUUCCUCCUCUUAACAGGUAUUCUCUUCAUGGUCUCGUUAUGGUCAGCAAUGAGGAAUUGCACGACGGUCGAGGAUUAUUUCGUGGGCGACAAUCCGUACACCCUGCCCUCGUGCAUAGACAACCUGACACAGCUUUUGGGCAAGCCGGGAAUCAGGUGGCUGGUUCCUGUGCCCUGUGACUGCAGGCCAUCCGAUGGCACAAGCUUCGAACUGAACUGCAGCCUGUCCUUCGAGGCUGUGCAAUCGAGAAAAUUACUGCGGUGCACGGCGGCGGAUAUGGCGCCGUUUGAGCCAUGUGCAUCGAGACAGAUGCUUGUGCACCACCGCUUGCGAAGAAGCCCCGAUGCAUCAACCGCCGCCAGCUUGGAUCAACCAGUGAAAUCGGAUGCCCGUCGCAGGCGGCAGGACCACGAUAUGCCUGAAUCCUCCGUUCUCCUCAAAUCUGCAGGGCGCAGAGCCUUCCAAACCACCCCGAGGAGUCAUCAGAAGGCCCAAGACGACCAAUCUCUCCUGGCUGCGUGUCCUGGAAACUCGCCGCGACCCCUCGCCGGACGUCUAGGUGGCAUUUGCCCGGGGGGACAGUAUUGGCCGCCGCACUAUGCCGCUGGCAACUACCGCAGAGAGGAUACGAUCUCAUCCAUGCAGGCGACACACACCUCCGAAGCUGUGAAGCCGCAGACGGCAGAAAUUUUCAGGGAAGGGUUUCGAAGUCAUGGAUGGGGCCGUGGCACGGGAUACUGUCCCAACACGAACUCCAUUCGUGGUGUUGACUGGUCGCACAAGGAGACAAACGAUGUUUUCCGUACGACGUACGGGGACACUCUGUGUUUAAAUCGAUCUCCGAACUCAUUGGCAUCAACUGCCUCCUCCUUCAUGACUCCACGUGGGCCACGUGCAUUCGCAGCGUUCCACUGCUUGUGUGCCGACUCCGCGAUGGGAAGGGUUGGCUUGGCUGCAUUUGUGCGCCAGCAGAUUUUGAAAGCCGGACUAGAUGCCAUGUCAAUGUCGAUCACGGCACAGACAGCGGUGCAACUUUGUGUGCAAUGCGCUAGACACGCAAUCACCACUGCUGCUGGAAUGUUGGGUUGCAAGGGCUUCCUUGGUCAGACCGACUUCUGGAGAGAGGAAGGCGAUGCUCCGAUUCUGAAGUUUGACUUCGGCUGGCUGGAGGCUCACAGCGAUGAGGCAGUCCGAAGAGCCACAGCUUGGCUGCCGCACAUCGGUGUCGAGCCAAGCCGUGUCGCCACACCCCUAGUGAACGGAAGCCUCCUGGCGUGGAAGGAGCCAGGAUAUUCCGAGCAGAUGCCAACCGGACCUUUCGAAGUGAGCAGCCAUCUCAAUUAG